CCUCCAGCUACAGAGCCAGAGUGGCAGGAGGAGAAAGCCGCGGCGAUUGCCUUUGGAGAGUUUCGCGGAGGAGCUGGGCGGGGGGCGGCCGAGCGGCACAAAAGGGAGAGAAGGAUUCAGUGAGAUCGGAGCCUCUUAACUCAUUUCCUGCUCUUCGCACGCUGGCAUCAGGAAUCGACAUUGUUGGGCACCUGCCAAGGCCCAUGUCUCAAUACGAAACCCCUUGACCCUGCUGCAGCUCCACCUUGCCAUCACUGAUCUGCCCUCUCUCAGCAAGUGAGCAGUGACAGAGGAAGGAACAGCAGCCUCUGCUUCCUUGCAUCCUUUCUUUGGACUUCUCUGCAGAUUGGACCCAGAAGAAGAGUCCAGUGCUGAUAGUGGCAAGGUUUGGGGAAAUUUGACAUAAUAAAUAGGGAAGAGACACUUUAUUUGGCCAACAAGUAAUGACUAAUUUCGGUAUCUGGAAGUCUUGAACUAUACAGAUCCUGAAUGGACUGUUCCUUCAGAUCUUUAAGACUUUCAAGAAUCUGGAUCAAGUGACAGAAUAAAUUUGAAUAAUCGUCCAUCAUGAAUGCAUUUAAAAAAGGUUGAAAGGAAUACAAGAAGAAGGAACAACAGUGAUUCCAGCGCUCCAGUCAACCUUCUUAAACCCACUGAUGAUGCACCUUGUUGUUUGUUUCUUGCCCAAUAGUGGUGAAAGAGAAUUCACAUACUGGGCAGCGUGGCUGCAACUGUUGUUCCCCAGCUGCUGCCUAUGAAGACCAUGGGGAAUUCAUAUGCAGGUCAACUGAAAUCUGCCCGUUUUGAAGAAGCCCUGCACAACUCGAUAGAAGCCUCUCUAAGAUGCAGUAGUGUUGUUCCUCGGCCCAUUUUCUCUCAGCUGUAUCUUGACCCUGACCAGCCUCCUAUUUCGCCGGAAGGUAACCAAGCAAACGUGAAACCAAAAGUAGAAGAGCUAGACAAAGAACUGAUGCAUCGUUACACCCAGAAUGGAAGCUUGGAUUUCUCCACUAGCCAAACUAUUAAUGAAAUAGAAGAAGAUGAGGAUGAUGAAGAUAUGUCUGAUUCCAAUAGUCCACCAAUCCCGUACGCACAAAAACCUGCCCCAGAAGGGUCUUGCACUACUGAUGGUUUUUGUCAAGCAGGCAAAGAUUUGCGGUUAGUAUCACUGUGUAUGGAACAGAUCGAUAUCCCAGCAGGAUUCCUGUUGGUAGGAGCCAAGUCUCCAAAUCUUCCUGAGCAUGUUCUAGUCUGUGCUGUUGACAAGAGGUUUUUGCCAGAUGACCAUGGAAAAAAUGCACUUUUAGGUUUUUCUGGAAACUGUAUAGGCUGCGGAGAAAGAGGAUUUCGAUAUUUCACUGAAUUUUCAAACCACAUUAACCUGAAGCUCACCACUCAGCCAAAGAAGCAGAAGCACUUAAAGUACUACCUAGUAAGAAGCUCCCAAGGUGUGCUGUCAAAGGGACCUCUCAUAUGCUGGAAAGCUACUUCAAUUGCAGAAUGUAGAAGCAGGCAAUCUUCUGCUGCUAGCCAUUCUGCUAAACCUAGUUCUUCAGCGUCUCCAUCUAUGACCCCUGAGAGUGGAACAGCUAAUGGAUACAAGCCAGUGUUCACUCAGACAGACUCCUCGGUAUUCAGUCCAGCACAAUCUUCCUCUGCUAAUUUAAGUGGAAUUCAAGAUUUGUCUCGGAAUAAGAACAUAGUGAGACCACUUGCUUUGCCAGUGCAACUUGUAGGAAACACAUUUGCAACAGCUCCCUUGUCUCUGCGUGCCACUGAUGUUGCUAGUGGAAACAACAAUGGAGGAAGGACUAAUGCAAUAAGCUCUACAAUCUCCCGACCUGUGCCUCACUCUAUGUCUCCUGGCCCUAGCAGUGCAACUGGGGAGCAAGCAUCUAUGUCCAGUUCUGGACCCCCAAAGAAACGACACCGGGGAUGGUCUCCUGGAUCACCAAUUCCUCCUCCUGGCUUAGUUGUGCCUGUUCCUGCCAUUCGACCUCUUCCAAGAGCAGAGCCUCUUUUGUCAGUCCCAGUUCCUCAAUCAAUGUUAACUGGAAUUUUACAGCCUCAGCCCAUUCCUGCAGGGGAGACUGUAAUAGUUCCUGAAAAUCUGCUGAAUAACUCAGGAGUCAGGCCAGUAAUUCUGAUAGGUUAUGGCACUUUACCCUACUUCUAUGGGAAUGUUGGAGACAUUGUAGUAAGCCCCUUGCUAGUGAAUUGCUACAAGAUUCCUCAGCUGGAAAGCAAAGAUUUGGAUCUUUUUGGAUUGACUGGGAGCCAAUUAUUAAGUGUGGAGAACAUGAUUAUUUUAACAAUACAGUAUCUCGUCCGGCUAGGUCCCGAUAAAAUACCACUCAGGGAAGAAUUUGAACAGAUUGUGCUGAAAGCUAUGCAGGAGUUUACUUUGAGAGAGCAGCCUUUACAAAUGAGUGCUCAGUGCAUCUCCUUGUCGCCACUUCAACUCCCGUGGCUUGCCAGGUUAAUUGCCAGUGUCUCCCAGGAUAUGGUGCAUGUGGUGGUUACUCAGAAUUCCCUGGCCGAAGGCAUUUCAGAAACAUUGCGAUCUCUGAGUGAAAUGAAGCACCAGCAAAGGCUGCCAGAUUAUGUUGUUGCGAUCUGCUCAUCGAAGAUCAGAGGGAACGAAUUCUGUGUAGUAGUUUUAGGUCAAUAUCAGUCUAGAGCACUAGCAGAGAGUAUGCUUACUACCAGUGAGUUUCUAAAGGAGAUAAGUUAUGAGCUCAUUACAGGAAAAGUUAGUUUUCUGGCAUCACAUUUCAAAAACACAUCUUUAGGCGAUGAACUGGACAAGUUGUUAGAGAUAAUGCAACAGAGACGAGGAGAUAAUGUUGUAAUCCCAUUCAAUGGAGAUGUUAAUGAAUGUGUGUCAUUUCAAGAAGCAGCUGCCAUGGUUUCCACCCAAGAAUUCGAUUUGGACACUGAAACCUUCCAAAUUUAUCAACCACAACUCACAAUUGCCAGAAAGCUCUUGUCACAGGUGUGCGCCAUAGCAGACAGUGGCAACCAAAGCCUGGAUCUGGGCCACUUCAGCAAAGUAGAUUUCAUUGUUAUAGUCCCUCGUUCAGAGGUGCUGGUCCAACAGACCAUUCAACGGAUUCGACAAUCAGGGGUUCUUGUAGACUUGGGCCUUGAAGAAAAUGGAGCAGCUUACCAACGAGCUGAAAAAUACGUAGUGCGGCUAGACAAUGAGAUUCAAACUAAGUUUGAUGUUUUCAUGAGGCGAGUGAAGCAGAAUCCAUACACUCUUUUUGUGCUGGUGCAUGACAACGCUCAUGUGGAUUUAACAAGUGCCAUCUCAAGUUCUCUAUCCCAUGGGGAGCCUAGUCAUGGACUUGCUGAUAGAGUGAUAAACUGCAGAGAGGUCCUUGAAGCUUUCAACCUUCUUGUCCUGCAAGUGAGUUCUUUCCCAUAUGCUCUUCAAACUCAACAGUCCAGAAUCAGCUCUGCCAAUGAGGUACACUGGAUACAGUUUGGCAACAUGGAGGAACUGAGCCAAGAUGAGAAGUUAUAUUUUGGCUUGAAUGAAUACAGCAAAUCUCUUCAGUGGGGAAUCACAAGUCCUCUUCUGAGAUGUGAUGAAACCUUUGAAAAAAUGGUGAAUACACUGUUAGAGAGGUAUCCCAGGCUGCAUAGCAUGGUGAUUCGCUGCUAUCUGCUUAUUCAGCAGUACUUGGAAGCCUUGAUGGCUCUUACCACCAUGACGUCGCUCAGAGACCACAGCACGCCUGAGACUCUCAGUAUAAUGGAUGACAUCAUCACAGCACCCGGCAAGGAUAAGAAUGGCCAGGGCCACAUGCUAGUCAUCAGGAUUCCCUCUGUGCAGCUGGCAAUGCUGGCAAAAGAGAGGCUGCAAGAAGCCCGAGAUAAACUAGGCCUACAGUAUCGUUUUGAGAUCAUCUUGGGCAAUCCGGCUUCAGAACUUAUUGUUGCCAAGCACUUUGUGAAGCGAUUAAAGGCAUGGAGAGGAAAGGAACGGGAGGAUUGGUUUCCUCACACUUACCAGGAUUUAGAAGGUCUGCCUUGUAUUGUUGUUUUAACUGGCAAGGACCCACUAGGGGAAACAUUUCCCAGGUCCUUGAAAUAUUGUGAUCUUCGACUGAUUGACUCGAGCUAUUUAACUCGCACUGCCUUAGAGCAAGAAGUGGGCUUGGCAUGCUGCUAUGUUUCAAAGGAGGCAAUCCGAGGGCCCAUUGUGGCCCUUGACCUUAGCGAGAAGGAGCAGGAGAAGGCCAGUGUUGGUGAGAAUGAUGCUGAUGAGCUGCUGAUUGACAUGGAGAGGCCCCAGAGUAACAGCAGUGCUGUGACUGGAACUUCAGGUUCUAUAGCAGAAAAUGGUGUGAGCUCCUCCAGUGCCACAGACAAGUCUCAGAAGCCACCAGGAUCCCUGAACUUCCAGAAGGUGACCAAUAGUGAUGAAGGGUUUGCUGCUGGGGAGACCUUGAAACAAGAAUGUGACUCUCUAGGCAACCAGGUAGCAAGCAGUACCACUUCUAAAUUGUCAGCAGCAUCCUCUUCUGUCAGCCAGUCAUUCCGGUGGCCUAGCCAGUCUAUGAAAGAAUUCAAGGCUUUGCAGGUGUCCUUACCCCGGACUGUGAUCUUAUCUAAAGCUGCCUACUGCCUCCUUGGCUCACAGAAAAGUGGGCAACAUCCCUUCUCUUCAUCUCUCUUGCCUCAUGCUGAUGUUUCUUGGGUGAGCUCUCUGCGGCCUUUGCUGCACAAGGACAUGACCACUGAGGAGCAGUCUUUGUACUACAGACAGUGGACAGCAGCUCGGCAACAUCAUGCAGAUUACAGUAAUCAUGGAGAAACCAGCAGCAGCAGGAACUUCUAUCCACGACGCCUACUUCUCACGGGACCUCCACAGGUGGGGAAAACUGGCUCUUACUUGCAGUUUCUACGAAUUCUCUUUCGCAUGUUGAUCAGAUUGCUAGAGGUGGAUGUGUAUGAUGAGGAAGAUAUUAAUACCACUCAUACAGAGGAUAGUGAAAUUGCCCAGCCUAGCAGUGAUCAGUGGCCAGAUGUUGAAAUCAUCAGUAAAAUGACUUUUGACCUCAGUGUGCAUGAUCCUAAAUAUUUCCUUAUGAGUCCAGUAUACACAGAGCAGCUGCAAAGAAUAAAACAAGAACCAAGCAAAGAAACUAAAGCUGAGGAACCCAGAAAACGGGAUACUGUGUCUAUGAUGUUGACAAAGUAUGCAGCUUACAAUACUUUCCAUCACUGUGAACGGUGCCAUCAGUAUAUGGACAUAAACCUUUCCGCUCCGAUGUCUGACUCCACCCUACAUUCAUUUACAUUCUCAUCCUCCAUGUUAGGAGAAGAGAUUCAGCUUCAUUUUAUAAUUCCCAAAUCCAAAGAGAGCUAUUUUGUCUUCAGCAAGCAGGGCAAGCAUUUGGAAAGCAUGCGCCUGCCUCUUGUGUCUGAUAAGAAUUUGAAUGCCGUAAAGAGUCCUAUUUUCACUCCAUCAAGUGGGCGCCAUGAGCAUGGCCUCUUGAAUCUUUAUCAUGCUAUGGAAGGCAUCAGCCACCUCCAUCUCCUUGUGGUGAAGGAAUAUGAAAUGCCACUUUACCGCAAGUAUUGGCCCAACCAUAUUAUGCUGGUUUUGCCAGGCAUGUUCAACAAUGCUGGAGUCGGUGCUGCCAGAUUCCUUAUUAAGGAGCUUUCUUACCAUAACUUAGAACUGGAGAGAAAUCGUUUGGAGGAGCUAGGAGUCAAGCGUCAGUGUGUCUGGCCGUUCAUUGUUGUCAUGGAUGACUCUUGUGUCUUAUGGAACAGUCAUGGCAUCCAGGAACAGUUCAAUCAGUCCAUGGAUCAAGGAUCAACCUGUAAAAAUGUGUCUCUUAAGAGUGUUCUGCAGCACAUUGAAGCUACACCAAAAAUUGUCCAUUAUGCAAUACUUGGCAUUCAGAAAUGGAACAGCAAGCUGAAUUCCAGAGUACCCAAAGCUCCCUUCUGCAGGUGCCACAUACAUGACUUUAUACUGCUGAAUGUAGACCUGACCCAAAAUGUGCAAUAUGAUCUAAACAGAUAUUUCUGUGAAGAUGUAGAUUUUAACCUGAGAACAAACAGCAGUGGCCUGCUUAUCUGUUGCUUUAACAACUUCAGUCUCAUGAAGAAACACAUCCAGGUUGGAGGUCAAAAGGACUUUGCUAUUAAGCCUAAAAUCAUGGUAUCAGAGAGCUCAACUCCAAUAAUGCCUCUUCAGUAUGUCUGUGCUCCAGACAGUGAGCACACACUCCUGGCAGCUCCAGCUCAGUUCCUCCUAGAGAAGUUUCUUCAACAUGGCACAUACAAGCUUUUCCCAAAGGCCAUCCAUAACUUAAAAAACCCUGUGUUAGCCAUUGACUGCUAUCUGAACAUUGGGCCUGAAGUAGCUCUUUGUUAUGUCAGUUCACGGCCACACUCUGUUAAUGUCAACUGUGAAGGGGUAUUUUUCAGUGGACUUCUCCUAUAUCUUUGUGACUCCUUUGUUGGAGCAGAUUUUCUUAAGAAGUUCAAAUUCCUGAAAGGUGCAACCCUGUGUGUCAUUUGUCAAGACAGGAGCUCAUUGCGUCAAACAAUAGUCCGUUUAGAGCUGGAAGAUGAAUGGCAGUUUCGCCUGAGAGAUGAAUUUCAGACAGCUAACAGUAGUGAUGAUAAACCACUCUAUUUUCUGACUGGACGCCAUGUAUAACUUUAAGAGGAAACAAAAUGGCAAAGAAGAGAACCUGACAAGUCUGAUGAUGUCUUUUUUCCUUUUCUUUUAAAGUACAAUCACUGUGGAGCAAAGUGCAACCAAUAUUUAUGUUCACUACUCUUAAGUAUUUCCCAAACUUCUAACCCAGACUUCAUUGAUUUCUUCUUUUGUGACUGAAAGACCAUUGAUUCAAGUUAAUUCCUCAUUGGUCACUGUUACAGAAACUAACAUAAUGGCGUACCUGUUGUGACCAGUAAUAUGAAGAAUAACAUUUUGGUGGAUGGCAAGUUCUCCUGGUCUCUUUGUACUACACUAAAGAGGGGGAAUUAAAGUGACUUUUGGCAUCUAUCAGCUUGAAUGUGUUACAUGACAUUCACACUAAGUAUAAGUAUGUGGAAUUAUUUGAAGAUAAUAUGCUGAGGAAUGCUGCCCAUUUCUCUUAUCUGUACUUUUGGUACUGUAUAACUCAGGGGUUUGAAAAGACAAAGUAACAUACAUAUGUGUGUUUAAAAGACUAACUUUUGUUCACUUUCUGUGCAGUGUUAGCUUAAGGUUUGUAAUUUUAUAUGUAUUGAAACUUUUAGCAAAAUUUCCACAAAAGUUAAAAAGUUUACUACAUAAGCCUGAACAAAUCAAUGAAUGUAAGGCAGGCAGGUAUGCACAUGCUGGUUUGUCAGACAACUGUUAUUUCACUUUUUUGGGUAUCCAUUAUUGGUAUGAAUAACUUUUUCUCCUUUGCAGUAUGACAAGCCAUAUGCAGAAACUUCUUUCUGUAAAUGGUCAUUAUUGGCAGCCGGCUUGCUUAUACAUAUUGUCUCCUCAGUAUAUUUAAACUCCACCAAAGUGAUUUCAAUCCUCAGUACUAUCAGAGAUCAUUUUGAGGUGAUUAAUGAACCUUCUAGAUUGCUUUUACACAACAAAAAUUCCUUGAAUUCUUUUUGUGGUAGGUGCCUCGCUUGCCUCCACUUUCUCUAGUUUUUGGGGUAGAGAAUGCUGUUUAUGUGCUUUUAUGGAGUGCAUUUACUAUACUAUGAAAAAUGUACAAACCAUGGAACAGUGAUAACGAGGCAUGAUGUAUUUAAUGGCUGAUGCAGGCAGAGCCACAAGCUACAAGAGCCAACAAGUCAUUUAAAGAUAACUUCCAACUGAGUUGGGACCAACAACAGGAGCCCUGUUUUUAUAAAUGUCUUAAACACACCUGGAAAAGUUGGUCAGUUUAUUUUAAAUAGGGCUCGAUCCAACUGAGCACAAAUCCAGCAUCAAACACUGGGCUCAAUAUAGCCAUGUUUCCCCAAUACGAACCCAUGGACAUAAACAGGCAGCAUGAAGGUAUAGUUCAGGGAAUGGGUGGUCAGUGAGCACUUUCUGCAUUCUAAUUAUCUUUGUGCCAUAUAAGUUAACUUUGGCCCCGAGCGUGCUUAAUGUAGACAGCAGAGAAGCAGAAUUGGUUGGGGCAUGGGAGGUGUGUACAGAUCUUGUAUCCCUGCAGGUGCCCCCUUGUACUGCCUCUGCAUGUGUUUGUUUUGGUGAAGGACAGGGCACAACAGAGCUCAAGGAGGCUCAGUGAAACUCCUUCACAUGAGGCACUAUAUGUGUGUGUGACUGGAUCAAGCCCUAUGUGUUGUGUGAAUCAAAGAGAUUAAAAUAACACUAUUUUAAUUCAUUUCAUUUUAGAAUGAACUUCUUUGCACCAGCACUCUAUGCUGUGAAAUAUGCUGAGAGUUUAAAUGGGUAUCAUACAAUCGGGUCUUCAUACCGCAGUUAACGUUUAUGGAUAGAAUUCACUUCCUUUUUCCUGCUCAGAUUUUUCUAGCUUUUCUUUCUGUUAUGCUAUGUUAAUAGUUCUUCCUUCACAAUCAUUCUUAAAUUUUUCUUGUCUUUAAAAUUUUGAUAUAUGCAGCCUGUUUCAUAAGCUAGUGAGAAUUUCAUUCAGUGCAUUGCAUUUAUUACGAUCUGAACACAAACUGUAUACCUGCAACUCGAUUAAGCACCUGCCAAACUGCAUUUAGAACAAAAGUGUUAAUCGUGCAACUUUUUUACCUUGUGAAAGAGCUGUUUACAAAUAAUGAAAAGCAUAAUAUAUUGAUUGAAGUUGAAAAGGAAAGUAAUGGGUUUCAUACCUAUUCAUUUUAUUAUAGCUUUAUGUAAAUGUAGCAUAUUUCAAAUGAACAGCUGUUUACUAUAGUGUAGGUUGAGAUUUUUUUGUACCCAUACAAAAUCUGCCUUAUACUUAAUGAAUUCCUUAAUUUUUAUUUGGUAGAAACUUAUUAAGAAUUGCAAUUAGGAACUACAAGGCUGGUGUAUUCACUGUGUAGCCUAUAUGUUGCAUGUAGAAUACUGGCAUUCUAGGGAUAAUUUGGGCUUUGUUUCGUUGGCUGAACUUAAUACCUGCAUAAUGUGCAUUUAAUUUGUGAAAGUUUCCAAAAAGUUUCCAUUUUAUUGCAAACUUUGCAGAUACAAAGUUUUCAAAAAUCUUAUUCUUGUAUAUAUGAUGUUUGCACUAAGUUCUUAAAAUUCCAUGUGCUAAGAUUUAUUAGACCCUUGGUAAAGAGGUACAAAAUAUGAGUAGGUUGAGAACUUGGAGGCUAAGGGUCUUUUCACACAAUCAGGGUUUUUUGGCCAUAUUUGUAGCAGACACACCUUCUCAGAAGGGAGAGUUUGUGUUUCUAAGAACAAUUGCUGAGCAAGUGCUAUAUUCUGUACCUAGAAAAAUGUAGGAUCUCCUUGGUAGCACAUUCUUAUCCUUACUCUGUACACCACUUUAUGAACAUGGUUUGUAAUACGUUUUGCUAAAAAUGAUUGCAUGAAGCUCUUGCACUCACCUGCUACCCAGCUUGCACAAUUUUUGUUCAGGGUUUUUACUAGUGCACUCCAUUGACCAACUUGUGCAGAAAUAUUUUUAAUCAUGGUUGGAAGCACAGAAGCUCAAUUAUUCUAUUAUUAUUAUUAUCAAUUUAAUUUUGAGGAAUGCUUUGUGUGGAAAGCUGCUUGAAUGCAUGUGCCUUCUGUAUUGGACAAGAACAAUUGAUUAUUCAAAACAUAAAGGCAAAGGAAGAAGAGAUUUGACUAUUAUCUGAAACAUGUUGUUAGUAAAUGUAUUCACAAACCCAUGUGCUAUAAUAAUACAAGCUCUUGAUAUGCUUUAUGGGACAGGAGAUCAGAAAAAGAUACAAAAUACUACAAUUUAAUAAUAUGGUUAUAAGCUUUGCCAGCAAGGCAAUGACAUGAAUGUAUUAAAUAGGCCAGCAUUAUUUUACCUUUAGGCUUGUCAAAUAUAAGUAGUUGACAGGUCACUGGUUAAUACUGAAUGUAAUCUGUAAUUAAAAAACAAAUCACUCAUAUCUGUAAUUUAUGCAGUUGCUUUGUGUUAUCUCUGAAAAGGGUUUAAAUAUUUCUUUCUUAGGACUGCUUCACACUUGACCAAUUUCCUACAAUAGUAUUUUUUCUUUCAAGGGGAAAGAAGUAUGCAAACAGUAACUCAAUAGAGUGAUAGUCACAUACAUGUCUGAUUUGUCACAAGCACAAUUGGCUGUAGUUUCCCAGAGCGUGCGUGCGUGCGUGUGUGUAUAUAUAUAUGUAUAUAUAUAUAUAUACACACACACACAUACACAAACCAACAAAUCUGUGUGCGUCCAUAAUAUAUAUUGCUCUGCACAUUGUCUAUCUGCGUUUUCCCUGCAUAGGGAUAAUCUCUCUGUGUAAGAAGUUAAUCAGGUUUUGAAGCAGUCCUUGAUGUAAAAUUUUCUUAACCAAAAUCUGGUGAAUUUAGCUUCACUAGUCAGUCUACCUCACAUUUUAUUGUUUGAACUGAAGUUGUCUGCAAAUGUGGCUAUAGUAUGUUUAUGUUCUUUCAUUAAAUUCAAUUAAUGUUAUCACAUUA